GUAAUCCUGCACCAUAGAUCAAAACCCAUGCUGGCAAGAUCACCUCAAUUUUCCCAAUGGCGAAUUUGUUUGCCCACCACAUGUAAAGGUGGCAAAGCCAGGAUAGCAAGUUUGCCACGUUCCAAUCGAAUUUCCCAGGUAGUUUGCACUGCGAUAUUUUUCAGCGGCUGCCGCGUCCAACGUGGUUGGAGAUCGCGCAGCCUGCUCAACAAAGGUAGUUUUCGAAAGAAUGCAAGUUUAAAGGCGGCAGAAGAGGGUGUGGAAGCUGGAAACUUUGUGGAGGACAUUGUGUUGACGGACCUCAAAACGAAGAAGUAUCAAGGUCGAGUCAGAACACGUUUUCCUCCUGAACCCAACGGCUUCCUUCACAUAGGCCAUGUGAAGUCUAUUUGCCUCAAUUUUGGAAUAGCAGAGAAGUUUGGGGGCUCUUGCAACCUCCGAUUCGAUGACACCAAUCCCGAGAGUGAAAAGCAGGUCUACAUUGACAACAUCAAAGAAGAUGUGAGGUGGCUUGGAUUUGAAUGGGAUGGUUCCGAGAGGUAUGCCUCUGACUAUUUUCAGCAGCUGUACAGAUGGGGAGAGGCAUUUAUCGACCGAGGACUCGCUUAUGUAGAUGAACUCAGCGCAGAGGACAUCUCAGAAUAUCGAGGCUCAGUGACAAGGCCGGGCAAAAACAGUCCCUUCCGGGACCGGCCGGCGGAAGAAAGCCUGGAACUGUUUCGCCAAAUGAGGGCGGGUGGCAUGGCCCAGGGGUCUGCAGUGCUGCGGGCCAAGAUUGACAUGAGCCAUCCAAAUGUCAUCAUGCGGGAUCCCAUCAUGUACCGAAUUCUUCCUGACACACCUCAUCCUCGAACUGGCAAUGAGUGGCCAAUCUACCCUUCCUACGACUGGGCACAUGGUUUGUCCGAUGCGAUUGAGGGGGUCACGCACUCUGUGUGCACAUUGGAAUUCAACAUGCACAAUGAACUUUACAAUUGGUUUAACGAAAAGGUCCUCAGUCUGGACGACGACUCCUUGCCAUUGUGCCGUCCACCUGACGCACUUCCAAGGCAGCACGAGUUCGCCCGACUGGAGAUGACGAAUAUCGUCGUUUCGAAACGGAAAUUGAAGAGGUUGGUGGAGGGAGAAUACGUUGAUGGCUGGGAUGAUCCUCGGAUGCCGACCAUCUCUGGCAUGCGGCGGCGAGGCUAUCCCCCUGCUGCUUUGCGCAAGCUCUGUGAGCUCAUCGGCGUAACCAAGGUUCCUACCAGCGUGAUUGAGUUGAGCCUCCUCGAGAAUUGCGUCCGUGAUGCAUUACAGGAGACCGUGGCGGCAAAAGCACUGUGUGUCCUUCGCCCUCUACCUGUGACCAUAACGAAUUGGUCUGGUGAGGAUGAGCUUCUGGAGGUGCCAGGUGAUGAAGCCCGACAGAUGCACUUUGGCAAGGAGAUUCUGUUGGAUGCAGAGGACUUCCAAGAAGACCCAGAACCGAACUUUAAGCGACUUGCACCAGGAAGAAAGGUGAAGCUCCGCUACAGCUAUGUGAUCACUUGUGACGAGGUCAUUCGAGGUUCCGAUGGAGACAUCAAGGAGCUUCGCUGCUCUUACGACCCGGAGUCUUUGGGGAAGAGGCCGCCGAAGAAAGUGGCGGUGAUCCACUGGGCUCAUGCUACACAGUCAGCACCUGUCACUGUGCGGAUGUAUGACAAUCUCUUCUCCGAUGCGCGGCCGGAGGAAGCAGGUGACUUUCUUGAUGCGCUCUCGGGAGACUCCUGCAAAGAGCUGACCAGUGCCCGAUGUGAGCCCAGCAUUUCAGCGAUGUGGAAAAAACACCAGGAGGAGUCUGAGGAUCCAAUCUUCAGAGUCCAGUUUGAGCGAUGUGGCUUUUUUGCACUGGAUCGGAAGGCUACAGAAGCCACGUCCAGAAUGGUUUUCAAUUGCACAGUCACACCAAGGAGUGAUUUUGCAAAGCCCAAGGGUAGAGCGAAGCAAAAGGCCAAGUGAUAAUUGAGCAUUGGAUGCGUGAGAGCAAGCUUGCUGACCAGUUUGUCACCAUAGCCGCUGCGCCUUGCUAUUGCGCCUUGCUAUUGAUCGCUUGGAUAAAACGUCCAUUGUCGAUUACAGGUUUUGCCUCGAUGCAUCAAACAGCACCAAACAGCUGAGCUUGAUAAGAGCUGCGUUAUUAGAUUGUGUGAGUGGGCCUUUCAAUGAGGGCUGCUUUUGUGGCCCUUAUGCAAUGUGCAGUUCAAGAG